AGCGCUAAAAUGGAGCCCUUUAAACCGGAACCUGAGCUCCAGCGGUUUUAUCACCAGUUGCUGCAUCCGCUGUCGAUCUUCCCCAGCAGGAAGACGUACGCAGAGCCUCCGAAGCGCCUCCCGCAGGAGGUCCCAAUGCUACCGUCCCUACCCGUCUCACGGCUGACCGUGGCAUCACUGUGCCGCCAGGUGUCCAAGCGGCUGGCCCGGUGCGAGCUGGAGGAGCAGAUGCCUCCCGCGGGCCCUCUCCGUUUCCGAAAGGUCAUCCUGGACGAGUUGAAGUGCAGCUGGCGGGAGCCUCCCCCCGAACCUAGUCUGAGCCACUUCAACAACCAGAGGCUGCGGAAGCGGGUGCUGGUUUACGUGCUGCUCAGCUGCGAGCAGCUCUUCUUACACUACCUGCGCCUGCUGAAGACAAUGCCGACUUCCACGCACGUCUUCACUGAAUCCGCCACGCUCACCCGGUUGGCCGCCAACCUCGCCAGAGAUUGCACAAUCUUCCUCACCAACCCCGAGGUCUACCGUGGCCUGCUCGCCGACUUCCGCUCCCUGCUGAGAGUACCGCAGGCCCAGGGCAGCAUAUUCCAGCUGCGCCCCUUCGGACCCCCUGCGGCUUCCAAGCCUCCUAGGCCUCACGGCGCCAGUUCUGCCCAAAUACCACACUGCAACCUCAACCUGAGCUAUCUCAUCCAACUCAGCCGCUCGCGAGAGCUUCUCAGUGAGCCCAGACCCGAUCCUGUGAAGGAAUUAAAGUCCAUCCCUCAGCUAAAGAAAAAGGCUCUCCGCUGGCUGCCUGCCAUGCAAAAGAAGGGAGAAAGCUUCACUUCCUCACAGAUUGAGUCACUGCCCCGGUAUUCGAUGGCUGUCUCCAGCAGGUCUCCGCGCACCUCCUAUUUGCCUCUCUACGCCCAUCUUCAUAGGGGCCGGUCCAUGCCCUCUCUGCGCGAGGGCUGGAAGCUAGCAGAUGAAUUGGGCCUUCCUCCCCUCCUCCCUCGCCCCUUGACCCCACUGGUCCUGUUUGCAGAGAGCAAACCAGAGCUGGUAGAGGACAUGGUGGCCGAGGACCUGAAGCAGAUAAUGAAGAACAUGAAACUGGAGCGGACUCGCUACGCACCAAUGGACUCAGGUGUGUCCCCGCUCCUGGGGGCCCUGACCCACCACCCAGCCACAGCACAUCGCAUAGAAGAGCUGCAGAGAAUGUUGAAUGAGGAAGAAGAAACCUCUGGGCAGUGGGGCCCCCAGCUCCCCAAACCCCCUCCACUUCAUCCACAGCCUGUGACAGUUACUUUGAAGCUGAGAAAUCAGAUCGUGGUCCAGGCAGCUGGUGUACAGGUCUCUAAGAGAAAGUUUUUGGAUUCCUUCCACGUUGAAGAGACCGGAGCCCUGUACAACCACCUAGUUGGUGAACUGGAUUCCAAACAGAUCGAGGAAAUGGAUAUUGAUCGCUUCAUUGGUAAUAGCAUCAGGGAGGUCUAUAAGCAGUUGAUGAGCCGUGUCUCUCUUGACCACUUCUCUUUUGACCAGGGACCCUUGAUUGAGCCGGCAGCCAGUAAAGACUGGUCAAUGUUCCUAUCCUCAGCCUUUCUGCAUCAAGAUAAACGGCAUCGUGUCAUCAACCCCAAGCUGGUUGGUCUUUGUCCCAAGAGAGAAAUCACUUUCCAGUCCUCUCUUUCAUUGUUCCAAGUAAGCAAAAGUUGGGAGAGACGGCCGAAGAAGACCUCAGGCAUGAACUGGUUGAAAAACAUCUCGCGUUUGGGUGACUAUUUCAAAUACCUCACCAACCAGGAGACAGAUUUCCUCCAUGUCAUCUUCCACAUGUAUGAAGAGGAUGUUCCUGUGGAGAUCGUGCCCCCUGUCAGAGAGUCCCUAAAGUUUCAGCACCCACCUCCAUUGCUAGAAGAUGAAGAGCCAGAUUUUGUGCCAGGAGAAUGGGAUUGGAACACGGUGCUGGGGCACAGUCUAGAAACUAGGAGGGCCAGCCUCCUGGGAGAACCCCACAAAAUCCUGAGUCUGCAGAAGCGUCUGCAGCGGUUGUGGUCCAUUCUUGAGGUUCCUGACAAGGACCGGAUGGACAUGGCUAUCAAGUACAGCUCCAACGCCCGCCUGAGGCAGCUGCCUUUAUUGCUGAGUGCCUGGGAGCAGACCAUGCAGCCCAUUCAGCUGCGGGAGAUAUUGCUGGGGAAACUGGAGUGGUUUGAGCGACACGCCUCUGACCCCAACCGUUUCUUCCAAAAGACUGGCAUGGAUCUGACUCGUUUAUUGGAGGAGAAUCAAAUCCGAAACCGCCUACACAGGAAGCUCAAUCUAAUGGAGGCUCCGUUGGUUUCGCUCCUAGAGGAGGUUGAGGUCAUCUUUGGUGAGCCAGUGACGUUCAAGGGGCGGCGCUACCUGGACAAGAUGAAGCUUGACAAAGUGGAGAUGCUUUAUUGGCUGCAGCAGAGGCGGCGGAUGCACCAACUGGUUGGGACCCAGAAAGCCUCCCACCAGUCAGCCAUGUUCCAGAGGCUCAGCAUGAAGCCUUUAAUAGCCCCUAGAAAUACUCCUAGUCCAAGUGACCGCUAA